GUAUCAACAAACCGCCAUUUUACGUUAGCCGAUACUCGUGCAGUGCGGAACUCUCGCGAUCGCUUUUCCCGAGCGAAUUUCUGUGGCGCGCGGUGGCCGCCCCGGAGCCGACUCAUUUCAUCGUCCUCGCUUCCUGGCGUCCGUGAUUGCCUCGAAUGUGCGAGGAAAGCGAGCCGCGUCCGCGGUGAUCGUUCGCGCGCCCCGUGUCGCAGUGUGCCAAGGCGAGAGAAGAGGAGAGGAAGAUGGUGCCAGCGGGCCUCGAGAGCGAUAUCGUUGCUGCGAGAUAGCGCCGUGCGCGCAGCCAGUCCGCCACACUCGAGUGUUUGACGAGUCGUGUGCGAUACGACUACUAAACGAAUUAAAACGCGAGGAGCUUGUUCCUGUAGUGUGUGCAUUUAAUACCACAGUGGUGAUCCUCGCAAUUAGUAAUACUCGAUAGUCCUGGUAACUUCUCGGUCUGUCCCGUGGCUCGUGCGAGUGGUCCGUGCGCCUGUCGACAAAAUUUACUGUGUGUGCGUGUGUGGGCUUUAGCGCGGGGUUCGACGUACCCCCCGACGAUGCCCAAUGGUUGAUCGUGUAACGAAGCGUGCUCGGGGACGCUCUACGCGCCGCGGUUCUCAUUGUUAUUGUCAUGCCUGCGAAUACGCUGAGAGUUUGGUGAAUUUUCGCGGCUUUGCCAAUGAGAAGAAAGAAGUAGCAGCAACAGUGACCAGCAUCAGCAUCACCAACAGCGGUCUUCUAGUGGCGUAGUGCAGCGUUUUGCUCACUCGUGUGUGUUACACCGUGUAUACGUUCCUGCGUGCGUGCGUGCUGCCUGUCUGCCUGCUGCCUGCCUGCCUGCCUGCCUGCGUGCGUGCGUGCGUGCGGUCGACUCGACGACUCGACGACUUGCUGCCGCCGCCGCCGCCGCUGCUUACUUCCUACCGAGAGUAAACAGCCCUGAAAGAAGAAAUAAUUAACCCUGAAAAGAAACCAUGGCCGACCACCUGGUGGACGGCCCGCCGAACAAGCGGCCGAAGCUCGGAGAUCCUUUUCAAGGGACUUCGGAUUCCGCGGUGGGUAUGGCGCCUCUAAUGAUGCACCAUGCUUAUACAAACUACGGGGGAGGUGGCAGUGGUAACAUGCAACAAAUGCAGGGCCCGCCACAACAGCUACAUCUGCAACAGCAUCAGCUGCAGCCACAUUGGAACAACCAUACCGUCCAGAAAAGAAAUUACAUAACAAACACAGAUAUGUUUGAUCUUGAGAAUGAUCUACCUGACGAUCUAUUGUCAUCGGGGUCCUGGGGUUCUGCAACAGAAAGUGCUAAACCCCCUGCAACAGGCCCAGGUCCAGGGCAGCAAAACGGUGCUCUUGACUCGGAACUUCGACAACAUGUACAGCAACAGCAGCAACAACUUUCUCAUCACCUAAUACAGCAACAAGGAAACAAGAAUUUGGUGGCUAAUUCUUUAGUAAUGGCUGCUGGAACCUUGGGUAACAAAAGUCCAAAUAUGCAAUCCCCACCAAACGUUUCUGUCUCUAAAGUAGUUGAUCCACAAAUGGUCGUGAGUCUGGGAAAUUUACCAAGUAGCAUAGCCAGUUCUUUGGCAAACAAUCAAAUGUCUAUUGCAAAUUCUAUGGGAGGCCUUCAAUCGUCGAUGAGCAUGGCUGGAAGUAAUCCUACCAUGUCGAUGCCAGGUGGAAUGAAUUCUGGUCUAGUUAUGACCAGCACUGCUAGUGGAAAUAAUAAUAUGGGCGGAAUGGCCGGUGGAAGUUUAAUUGUAACCAACAGUUUGAAUAAACAGCCUUUGAAUACUGUAACCAUGAUGGGCCCCAAUACUCAAGGAAUUCAUCAUCCUACCGGACCACACGGUGUUGCUCAAAUGCAAAAUGGACCUGGAAUAAUGAACACUAGAGCUGUAGCGCUGCAACAACAACAACAAGCACAUAUGGUUGGUGCAGCAAGAGGUCAAAGUCCACAUCAACAAGUACAUCAAGUUGGUAUUGUUGGUCCAGGCCAAGGAGGUCCGCGAAUGCAGGCUCCUCCAAACAUGGCCAAUAUGCAAAAUAUGGGACAAAUUGGUGCAUCCAGUCCUUAUGCUUAUGCAUCUCCAGCUAGUGGACCAGGACCUGGUGUUACUGUAUGCACUAAUAGUCCCGCUGGAGUCGUUGCACCUCAACAAAAAGGAGUAGGAACAAACAUGACAGCCAUGCAAGCUGCUGGUAGAUUUGGUGGAACUGCAGGACCUAUUGGUUCGGCUACCGUUGUGGGCGGUCCAGAAGGUGGUAUGUCGCAACAAGCUCAACCUCCUGCUCAGAGUCCAGCUCAAUCUCAAUCCGUUGCGCCAAGUGGAGUACAAUCUGGUCCACAGCAAGCUACUCAGGGCCAAAUAUCCAAUGCCGGUGCUCCUGCUGGUGCUACAAAAUCAACCGCUGAUCCAGAAAAACGUAAACUUAUUCAACAGCAAUUAGUUCUUCUGCUUCAUGCGCAUAAAUGUCAACGGCGCGAAAGUCAGGCAAAUGGUGACGCUUGGCAAUGUACUUUGCCAGAUUGUAAGACAAUGAAGAACGUGUUGAACCAUAUGACUGCUUGUCAAGCAGGGAAAAAUUGUACGGUGCCACAUUGUAGCUCUUCGAGGCAAAUUAUUAGUCAUUGGAAACAUUGUAACCGCAACGAUUGUCCUGUAUGCUUACCCUUAAAACAAGCAAAUAAGAAUAAAACUACGAAUGCUGCAGCAGCAUCUACGUCGCAACCAAAUAGUCAACCAAAUCCAACUGCAACUGAGAUGAGAAGAGCAUACGAUGCUUUGGGUAUUCAAUGUCCUACAACAACACCUGGUUUAGUACCUGGUCAGUGUGUUACUAGAAGAAUACCAGCACCAGGUAUGCAAGGAGCGACCGGAACAAUGGGAAAUGUCAGGUUAACUCAACCUCAAACUCAAACUGCUCCGGGUCAAUCCGUGGUUGGUGCUGGACAGCAAGUAGUCGCACCAAAUGUAUCUCUUCCUUUAAAUUCUGAUCCUAAUACCGUCGGGGUAACUGGUAAUCAGGCUGCGUCCACUAGUGGAGCCACGCCUGCUGCAGCAGCGGCUGCUGUAAAUUUACAGCAAUCGGUUAAUGUGCACCAGUUAUUUGGUUUAAACGAUUCGGGACAAUUGAAUGUUGCAGCUGAAAACAGGUUAGCUAGUCCCCAACUUCCUGUUGGAGCUCAGCAAAGUCAAGUAACUGCAACGCCGAUACAGGGAUCGAAGGAGUGGCAUCAAUCCGUAACUCCAGAUCUUCGAAAUCAUCUUGUGCAUAAAUUGGUUCAAGCAAUAUUUCCAACUCCUGAUCCAAACGCCAUGCUUGAUAAAAGAAUGCACAAUUUAGUUGCGUAUGCAAGGAAAGUUGAAGGCGAUAUGUACGAAAUGGCUAAUUCGAGAUCAGAGUAUUAUCAUUUACUUGCCGAAAAAAUAUAUAAGAUUCAAAAGGAAUUGGAGGAAAAACGACAAAAGCGAAAAGAACAACAGCAACAGCAAUUGCAAGCCCAACAGCAACCUCAACCUGGAUCAUCGGGAGCAGCUGGUCCGGGUUUGAGGCCAUGUGCUCCACCGGGUGUCGGAACAGUUCCACCGUCACGACCGGUUGGAACGGUUACUCCUAGCCUACGUAGUCAUUCGCCCGGCAUGGGUCAACUUGGAACUUUACCUGCAAUGGGCAUUCCGCACAAUAGAAUGCAAUUUUCUCAGCAACAAGCACAACAACAACAAGUGCAGGUGCAAGCCCAAACCAAAGUUCAAGCUCAGGCCCAGGCGCAAGUUCAGCAACAAAUGCAACAACAACAGCAAGGAAUUUUAGUUGGUCCACCGGGUCCUAGUCCAAACGGACAGUCAACUUCUAACCCUAACGUUGUUUCAAAUCCUGGUCUUAGUCCAUUCGGACAACCUCAAAUGUCACAAGCAAAUUUAACAACUACUACCACAUCCGCAACAACUAGUCAAUUUCCAACCUCAAAUGGCACUUCCGGUUUACCUAACAGUUCUCCUGUACAGAAUCAACAUCAGUUUCCUGAUCUUAUGAAAGUUAGACUGGCGCAAGCUCAAGCAGCGCAAGCAGCCAUUGCGCAUCAGCAUCAACAACAACAACAGCAGCAACAGCAGCAGCAACAACAGCAACAACAACAACAACAACAACAGCCACCGCAAUCGCAAGCACAGCAACAACAAAAUCAGUCACAACCACAGCAACCAACGAGCACUUCGAAUCAAAGCUCUACGACGACGUCGAUGCCUCAAGCACCGUCACCGUUCAGUGGUAUGCAGCAACAAAAUAAUCAACAAAAUCAGCAAUUCAACAAUAAUCGGCCUUUAUCCGUUUCAACACCUAACGAUAGUGGUAUCGGUGCGUCAACUCCUCAAACGAUACCACCUCCCGCGUCUAGCGGGCCUAGUCCCGGUCCAGCGACGACGACGAACGGACCUCAAUCUACAACUUCCACACCUAAUACACCGUUAGUUCCUUCAAUGAUGACUCCAAAUCAGACAGUUUCUUCCGCUAAUCAAACUCCGCCUCAUCCUGGUACCACACCAUCCCCUGCUGGUCUCGCAAGUCUUGGGAAAGGCAUGACAUCUCAAGAGAGGGCUGCGCUAAAUGCUCCAAGAGCUUCAUCUAUGUCUUCGCAAAUGGCCGCUAUCACAGCUGCUUUAGAUCGUGAUAAUUCUCCUAGUCCACCAAUGAAUAACAAUAAGGGAAAGCUGGAUUCUAUUAAGGAGGAGAGUAUGAAAAUGGAAAUCAAGACAGAGGAUGGUUCCGAUAAUCAUAGAAUGGAUGGUGGUAAAAGUGUAAACAACGAGAUGUCUAUCAAAACCGAAAUCAAAACGGAACCUAUGGAGGAAGGAUCUGGCGAGGGCAUCGUGAAGGAAGAAUCUUCCGGUAUCAAGGAAGAGCCUGUGACACCGAUGUCUGGACAAGAUACGGCGACACCGGACAUCAAACCAUUAGUUCCUGAGCCGAUACAGUCGAGCGGUACAUCGACGGACAAAAAACGGUUGUGUUUGUUCAAACCGGACGAAUUGCGUCAAGCAUUAAUGCCAACCUUGGAGAAACUUUACCGUCAAGAUCCGGAUUCUAUACCGUUUAGACAACCGGUUGAUCCGCAAGCAUUGGGAAUUCCAGACUACUUUGACAUCGUCAAAAAACCUAUGGAUCUUUCGACGAUCAAACGAAAGUUGGAUACGGGGCAAUACAGUGAUCCAUGGGAAUAUGUGGACGACGUGUGGAUGAUGUUUGACAACGCAUGGCUUUACAAUCGUAAAACUUCACGCGUUUACAGAUAUUGCACAAAGCUUUCGGAAGUUUUCGAACAAGAGAUAGAUCCUGUAAUGCAGGCCUUAGGCUACUGUUGCGGAAGAAAGUACACGUUCAAUCCACAAGUUUUGUGUUGUUAUGGGAAACAGCUCUGUACGAUACCAAGAGAUGCAAAGUACUACUCCUACCAGAAUAGUUUAAAGGCAUAUGGUCUUGUUUCCGACAGAUACACCUUCUGUCAGAAAUGUUUCAACGACAUUCCUGGUGACACUGUGACGUUAGGAGACGAUCCAACCCAACCUCAGACUGCCAUAAAAAAGGAGCAGUUCCAGGAAAUGAAGAAUGAUCAUUUAGAAUUGGAGCCUUUUGUUGUGUGUACAGAUUGCGGCAGAAAAGUGCAUCAAAUCUGUGUGCUUCACAUGGAAUCAAUUUGGCCGCUAGGGUUUACUUGUGAUAAUUGUUUGAAGAAGAAGGGACAGAAACGCAAAGAAAACAAGUUUAAUGCUAAACGUUUACCGAUUACAAAAUUGGGCACUUACAUCGAAACGCGAGUGAACAAUUUCCUAAAGAAGAAAGAAGCUGGUGCUGGCGAAGUUGCGAUUAGAGUCGUAGCAUCGAGCGAUAAAGUGGUCGAAGUGAAGCCUGGAAUGAGAAGUAGAUUUGUAGAAAACGGUGAUAUGCCUGGCGAAUUUCCGUACAGGGCGAAAGCGUUGUUUGCAUUUGAAGAGGUUGACGGCACAGACGUAUGUUUUUUCGGCAUGCAUGUGCAAGAAUAUGGCAGUGAAUGUACGCCACCUAAUACCAGAAGGGUCUAUAUCGCGUACUUGGAUUCCGUACAUUUUUUCCGGCCUAGACAAUUCCGAACAGCAGUCUAUCAUGAAAUACUUCUUGGGUACUUAGAUUACGCGAAACAACUUGGAUACACGAUGGCUCACAUUUGGGCCUGUCCGCCUUCUGAAGGAGAUGAUUAUAUCUUUCACUGCCAUCCCCAAGAACAAAAGAUUCCAAAACCUAAGAGAUUACAGGAAUGGUAUAAAAAAAUGUUGGACAAAGGCAUGGUAGAAAGGAUCGUACUCGAUUAUAAAGAUAUUUUAAAACAAGCAAUGGAGGACAAACUUUCAUCAGCCGCGGAUUUACCGUAUUUUGAAGGUGACUUUUGGCCAAAUGUUUUAGAAGAAAGUAUCAAGGAAUUAGAUCAAGAAGAAGAAGAAAAACGUAAACAGGCUGAAGCUGCUGAAGCCGCAGCCGCAAAUGCGAUUUUCUCGUUAUCUGAAGAUUCUGAAACGGGUCCAGAUGGAAAGAAGAAGGGACAGAAAAAGGCCAAAAAGUCUAAUAAAUCCAAAGCGAAUCAAAGAAAAAACAGUAAAAAAUCUAAUACUCCUCAAACAGGAAAUGAUCUCUCUGCAAAAAUUUUUGCGACGAUGGAGAAACAUAAGGAAGUAUUCUUUGUUAUUAGGUUGCAUAGCGCUCAAAGUGCAGCCAGUUUAGCACCGAUUCAGGAUCCUGAUCCAGUCAUUAAUUGUGAUCUUAUGGAUGGCCGCGAUGCUUUUCUUACAAUGGCUAGAGAAAGACAUUAUGAAUUUUCUUCUUUAAGACGCGCGAAAUUUAGUUCCAUGUCCAUGUUGUACGAAUUGCACAAUCAAGGCCAAGAUAAAUUUGUUUAUACGUGUAAUAACUGUAAGAGUCAUGUAGAAACAAGAUAUCACUGUACGGUUUGUGAUGACUUUGACUUGUGUAUAAGUUGUAAAGAGAAAGAUGGUCAUCCUCAUCAUAUGGAGAAACUUGGUUUAGAUUUAGAUGAUGGUUCAUCGCCGGCCGAUGCAAAACAAGCAAAUCCACAGGAGGCUCGUAAACUUUCGAUACAAAGAUGUAUUCAAUCGUUGGUACACGCGUGCCAAUGCAGAGAUGCUAAUUGUCGUCUGCCCAGCUGUCAAAAGAUGAAGAGAGUUGUAACGCAUACAAAGAUUUGCAAGAGAAAGACGAAUGGUGGAUGUCCAAUCUGUAAACAAUUGAUAGCGCUAUGCUGUUACCAUGCUAAACACUGCCAAGAGACUAAAUGUCUUGUUCCAUUCUGUUCGAACAUCAAACACAAGUUGAAGCAGCAACAGCUUCAACAACGGUUACAGCAAGCGCAAUUGUUGAGAAGAAGAAUGGCUGUGAUGAAUACGAGACCAACAGGUCCUGUUGGAGCGAUGCAAACUGGGCAGCAAACAUCGAAUGUUACUAUGCCGACUGGUGUUGCCAUGAAACCAGGAGUCAGCCCUACCAAUUUACCUUCGCCGCAUCAGCCUGGAAUAGGGUUAAAACCUGGCACGCAAACACCACCCGCCCAUGUCCUCCAGGUUGUUAAACAGGUACAAGAAGAAGCUGCGAGGCAGCAAGCGCCGCACGUGGGUUAUGGUAAAGUAACCCCAGGCGGAGGAGUUGGAGUCGGAGUUGGCGUAGGAGGACAGACGGGUGGAGUGAUGCCACCCCCUCAAAUGCAGCGGCCAAUGCCCGUCCAAAUGCCUAAUCCCGGUGGUACUCAUCUCAUUCCAAUGGACCAGUGGACGCCAAGCAGGUAUCAACCUAAUGCGGUGAUGCAGCAGAAUCCUGGUUUAAGGCAACAAACGCCGCAGCAAUUAAUGCAACAACAACAGCAACAUCAGGGACAGCCAGGGAUGGCAAUGGGAGGACAAAUGCCGAGGCAACCAGGAGUCAUCGGUGGUCCGGUCAGUCAAGUUGGACCACAGGCUCAAAACAACAUGCACAAGCACGUAUUGCAGCAGCUUAUGCAGACUCUCAAGAAUCCCCAUACUCCCGAGCAACAAAACCAAAUACUUCAAAUACUCAAAAGCAAUCCACCGAUAAUGGCCGCCUUCAUCAAGCAGCGGGCGCUUGCCCUUCAGCAACAAAGUGGGCAGUAUGGCGGUGGAGUUGGACCUUUGGGUCCCAGUCAGCCGCAACAACAACCUGGUUUGCAGCAUAUGAUGUCUCAACAGCAACAGCAGCAACAACAACACCAGCAGCAGCAACAACAACAACAGCAACAUCAGCAGCAGCAACAACAGCAAGGUAGAAUGCAAAUACAAGCGAUGCUGAAUCAGCAUCAACAGCAACAACAACAGCAGCAGCAGCAGCAACAGCAGCCUGUUCAGCAGCAACCGCAAUGGUACAAGCAACAAAUGUUGGUGAUGCAAAGACAGCAGGCUCAGCAACAACAGCAGCAGCAACAGCAGCAGCAACAACAACAGCAGCAGCAACCGUUCACGCAACCACCGGCGCCUCCUUAUGGUCAACAGCGACCAAUAAGGCCGUCCCUUCUCGGUAAGAGUCAUUUGAUUCCCGACAAAACGAGAUUCGUCGAGCCGCUUGGUUCGUGGUCUAACGUUUGCCACGAUUCCGCGUAUUCUUCCUCAGGUUACGGUGGCUUUAGUGAACAAGGCUACGGUCAACCCGGUUUAAAACCAACUCCACCUCCGAUACCUUCUCCGCAAGGUGUGAUGGGACCUCCAGGGAUCUCUGUACAGCAACAGCUCAUGCAGUCCGUUCGAUCUCCGCCACCUAUUCGAUCUCCUCAACCAAAUCCUUCUCCGCGACCGGUUCCAUCCCCGCGCAAUCAACCAGUUCCUUCGCCUCGAUCAGGACCGGUGCCAUCACCUCAUCAUCAUCCACCUCACGGUACGCCGACCCAUUCACCGGCUCAUGAACUCGGUGGGCCAAGCGAAAUGAUGCUCUCGCAGUUGAACGGUGGCACUGGCGCGCCAACGGGACACCCGGGGGCCAUGCCUCAUCAUCCGUCUCCAGCACCACCGCCUACUAGUGGCACGGACUCCAGUGAAGUGACACCCAUGACGCCACAAGACCAACUCUCGAAAUUUGUCGAAGGAUUGUAGUGACUGUUAGUGAAGUCGGUCGAAACAAGUGACUACGUUAAUGGGCGGUCGACGAUGGUCUCGCAUCGUGCGUCAAUCGUUUGAAGGACGGUCCGCUGUUCCAGCUCUCUGUCAUGAGGCAGAGGGCGUAACCUCCAUCCGUUCUGCGUUCCUAGCUUCGUGGAGAUCAGGUACAACUACUUACGUCCGGUGCACUGGCACGCCAAGUGCUGCUGAUACUGAACCACGACGACGAGUCAAGGAGUACCAGCGAUCAAAUUAAUCCGGAUGACGCGUGUUCCCUAUUUCUAUCUACGAGUUAAGGUGCAGGAGCGAUACAGCGUGAUGUGGUGCUGCUUCAGAGAUGCUCCGGAAAGAUGCUACCAACUGGCACAAAUGGACGCUUUGAACUUCUUACGUUACUCUGUACUGUCGUAUCUCAAUCUCGGCUCCCUCCCCCAAUCGAGAACCGGUGGAACUAAUGUGGAUUAAUGUGCCCUCGCCUGAAAAAUCACACGCAUACACAUGACAGACAGACAGAACACACAUCAUAAUUCCCUACCUUACCAUUUUGCUACCCCCACCCCACCCCCCCCCCCCUUUCACACACACGAUCUUUUUCAUCUUUACCACCUUCCCUCCGCUGCUGCUCGUGCAGGCUGAGUGAAAUCGUACAAAUGUGUUGUGUAUACUUAACGUUAAUUAAUAAUUAAUAGUUCAAAUACUAUUAGCGUAGCGAUUAUAUGCAGUUAUUAUAUACCACUAUUAUUAUUAUCGUGACGAGAUGCAAAGUAUAUAACAAAAAGAAAAAAAUAAGGACUGUGUAUGAAAUGGGAAGAUAUAAAAAAAAAAUAACGAAAGAAUACCGACAACAUUGUAUGUAAGGAAGGGAGAACAGAAAUUUAGUGGAAAAGUUAAGUAAUGUUAACUUAGGAUAAUUUGUUAUUAAGUGAUCGCUACGACUGCCGAAGGUUGUACCUUUAAGCGGCAUUAAAUUUUAUGGAUCAUUCUGAAAUUAAUCCUCGGAUAAUCUGCUGGAUGCGAGUCGUCCUCGAUGAGGGAGAGAACAAAAAAAUGAGGACGAUUUUCUCCUCUUGACAGGACAGGCGAGACAACGCGGAUUAACGGUGUCGCAACCAAAAAGUAGAAAUUCACGACAAGCUGCUAUUUGCUAGUAUGGGAGGAUUUAUAUGAAUCGUGUUAAUUUUUGAAGAGAAAAAAAAUAGCUUUUCAAACACGGGGGUCCGAUAUGUACAGUUCAAUCAAAAUGUAGCUACGAAGCGUAACCGAAUCAGGAUCCCCGUACGAAAAAGCGUUCUGUACAUACUAUACUAUUAUUACGAUAAUAAUAACGAUUAUUAUUAAUUUCCCUGUCUCUUAUGAAUUUAUUAUUAUUAUUAUUACCGAUUAUUAUUAAUUAUCAUUAUUAUUAUCAUUAUUACUAUUAUUAAUAUUAUUGGAAGAGCUCGGAGAAAACGUAUAGAGUUAUAGUGUACUGUUCGAGAAAACAAAAGCGAGAAAGGGAUUCACACGCACACACACACGCAUACGCGCGCGCAUUAUUAUUAAAUGGACUACUCGUUGUGCACACGAGAGAGAAAGAGAAAGAGAGAGACAACACACAAA